AUGGCAGCUGUUUCCGCACCAUCGGGCAACUCGGAGCUCGACUACCUCAAGAAGCUGGUCUCUCAGCUCCAGGAGAAAAUCGGUCACCUUGAAUCAUCCGCUUCAUCCAAGGUCAGCAAUGCCGUCGAGACCGCCAAGCAGGCCGUAGGCUUUGGUGGUGUCGCCGGUGGAGCACCAAGGAUGGUUCUGAUCGGUCCCCCAGGAGCUGGCAAGGGUACUCAAGCCCCCAACAUCUCGCAAAAGUACUGCGUCUGCCACCUCGCGACCGGUGACAUGCUCCGAUCGCAGGUCGCUGCUCAGACCGAGCUCGGCAAGGCUGCCAAGAAGAUCAUGGACCAGGGUGGACUGGUCUCGGACGAGAUUAUGGUCAACAUGAUCAAGCACGAGCUUACCAACAACGCCGAAUGCAAGAACGGCUUCAUCCUCGACGGCUUCCCCCGUACCGUUCCCCAAGCGUCCAAGCUCGAUGCCAUGCUCGAGGCUAGUAAGACACCCAUCGACCAUGCCGUCGAGCUUAAAAUCCCCGAUGCUCUCCUCAUCAGCCGAAUCACUGGUCGUCUGAUACACCCCGCUUCCGGCCGGAGCUACCACCGUGAAUUCAACCCUCCCAAGAAGGCGAUGACCGACGACAAGACCGGCGAGCCCCUCAUCCAGCGAUCUGACGACAACGCCGAGACCCUCAAGAAGCGCUUGGCAACCUACCACGCCCAGACCGGCCCCGUCGUGGAGUACUACAAGAACUCUGGUAUCUGGACACCUGUCGAUGCCGCUCAGAGCCCCAAGCUCGUAUGGGGGAGCAUCUCAAGUAUCCUGGCUGGGCCCAAGGAGGGGAAGAUGGUCAGGGAAUAG